AUGCGGCCCCUCGGGUCUGUUGGGUCUCAGGGAUGGAGCGGAGCGCGGGUCUUCUCCGAUGGCGGCAAGGACGACGCCGAGAAGGAGGCGAAGAAGGCCGAGGACGAGGCCGGCGCGGCGGAGGCCCAGGCGAGCAGCAGCAGCUCGAGCGAGUCCUCGUCGGACGAGGAGACCAGUCAGACCAAGGCGGACCUGGCCCGACUGGAAAAGGACCUCGAGGAGGCUCAGGCGACGGCGAAGGACGCGCGGGAGACCGCGCUGCGGCUCGCGGCGGACAUGGAGAACCUGCGGGCGCGCACGCGGCGCGAGGUCGACCAGGCCAAGGCCUUCGCGCUGCAGAGCUUCGUGCGGGACAUCCUGGAGGUGCCGGACAACCUGACGCGCGCGAUGGACGCGGUGCCGGAGGAGGUCAAGACCGGGGGCGCCGCGAAGGACGGCGUGGACUACUUCGCGCAGAUCAAGAGCCUGUACGACGGCGUCAAGAUGGUGGACGCGGUCCUGCUCAAGGCGCUGUCGGCGCACGGGGUGCAGCGUGCGGAGAUCGGUCCGGGGGGCGUUUUCGAUCCGAACACGAUGAACGCGCUGUUUGAGAUCCCGGACCCCUCGAAGCCGAACAAGACGGUGGGUCAGGUCAUCAAGGCCGGGUACAGCCUCAACGGGCGGAUAGUGCGGCCCUCGGAGGUCGGGGUCUUCACGGGCGGACCAGAGCCGGAAGCGGAGGAGCCUGAGGGCAAGGAGUGA